GAGUUUUGUUAUUUUGCAGACAUUUAAUGAAACGUUUGUUGAAAAACGCAUUCAAAUUGAAUUCAUUUGUAAAUCAAUUAUUUGUUUGAAUUUAACGUCAAUUUGUGUUAAAUUUAUUAGAAAUACAAAUACGAGUGAAAUGUCUGACGAUAAGAGAGCGGAACGGAUGAAGAGAUUGCGUGAAUUGCAUCAGAAGAGGACGGAAGCGAGUCGUUUGAACCAUAAAGAAGUGGUCGAAGAAAAUAAGAGACAACAACUGCCCAACAAUUGGGAGAAGAGGCAAGAGUUGGCUGAAUAUCGUCUGAACGAAGAGGUGUCCAAACAGAGAGCCAAAGAGUCGGGUGAAGACUAUGAGCGGAACAAACUGCUGGACAUUCAGGCGGACGACUCGGAGCGGUGGCACCGGAAACGGGACGCCAAACACAAUCCCGACCCCGGCUUCAGCGACUACGAGGCGGCCACCGCUCGACAGUACCAGAGACUC